AUGCCGAGCGUGCAGAGUGUGAGCGACAGUGGCGCCCUGCUGGAGGUGCAUGCAGGGAAACUUCCUUGGAUGUCCGAGUUGGUGCAGGAGAAGGUGGAGAUGAUGGACAACAUGGUUUGUGCCUCUGUGUUUGUGCCUCUGUAUAGAUUGAUUGAUAGAUUGAUAGAUAGAUGGUCAUUAUGUGGUUCCUUUUCCAGUUUCCAUGAGGGCAGUCUACCCUCUGACGAGCGUUGCUUCAGUCAGGCAAUCCGUGAGGCCCAUGCCGUGUUCAGCGCUGGACAUCAGCUGGGCUUCGACAUGGACUUGCUGGACAUCGGAGGGGGAUUCCCCGGCGUCGAUUCGGACGCCCUCUCUUCUGCACAGGUGGCCCAAGAAGUGAGCAGUGCCCUUGAACAGUACUUCCCGCCCUCUUCGGGGGUCCGGAUCGUAGCAGAACCUGGCCGCUAUUUUGUCACUUCUGCGUUCACUCUGGUGGUCAACGUCAUCGCCAAACGUGUCGUCAAUGUCAAGAUAGCGCCCAUGUCCCCCCGUUUGAGGCGGUCAGUAGUGUGGGGCCCCACCUGUGAUGGACUCGACUUCGUCAUCCGAGACUGUCGGAUGCCAGAACUGGGCAUAGGUCAAUGGCUAUACUUCCGGAACCAGGGCGCGUACACCGUGAGUCUGUCCUGUGACUUCAACGGCAUCCCUCGACCACGCCGUUACUACGUGUGCUGCGACACCUACUGG